AUGGCCGCGACGCUGACGAUGAGCGGUGGCGGGCAGGAGGAACCUUUCUACCCGCUGCUGAAGUCGACCCUGCCCGAUGGUGGCUUCUCCCUGGACGAGUCGGCUCUGCUCGCCCUGGACUCAAAGAUCACAGAAACGGAGCGGGGCGGACAAAAUGGAUAUUCAGAGGUUAAGUGCGAGUUGGAUAGGUAUCUGUCCCCCCAGCUUCUCCCGCCUCCUACUUCAAUAGACAUCCAGCAGAAAUUGCGGCGAGACAGCGCAUCUGUGGUGGAUCAGUUCUUUAAUGAUGAUCACACUGGAGCUCCGUACACCCUCAACAUGAACCUUUACCUCCCUGAUGUCGUCUACCUGAGGAAGGGCUUUUGUCGGCCAACGCGCCCCCCUCAUCCUCAGCCACACACAGGCUUGACGCAAGUCAAAACAGAGUCAACUGCCUCAUCCUUUUCUUCCAACCUCCAGUCUCACUGCCCCAGUGCCACCCCUACAAGUAGCGGUGGCACCACCGGGCAUGGUGGCAGGAGUAUUGCUAUGGAAACCUCAACCCUAAAUAUGACGCUUCCAGGGUUACCGGAGUUCACCAGUGUUUUCAGCCCGUCGGGAGGCAGCCAUGGUGCAGAUGCAGUGCCAGAGGUGUAUGUGAAACAGGAAAUGACAUCACAGUUUGAGCACCAUUCUCACCACCACCAUGACGACGGUGGCUCGUUGUUCCAGCUCCUAAACGCCGACUUGGACCAUCACCACAGCAAUGGUAUGGAAGCUCAUCAUCACCAUCAUCAUCAACAACAGCAUCACCAUCAGGCACAACAUGCAGGUCCCUCACCGAUCCACACACCAUUUCAUGAGCUGUCAGUUGCUUCCUCCAAUUUGCAGCAAGAGCAGCCUGCCAAGCCCGGCUACUGCAACCUAAACAACGGAAUUUACACACAUCCUCAAACACACACACGCACCCAGUUCCUACAGCAGCAGGUGCCCUACUUGCCCCCCUCCCCGCCCAGCUCUGAACCAGGGAGUCCUGACAGGCAGAAGGAGCUACUCCACACCUUGUCUCCUCCUCCCUCCUAUGCUGCUACCAUCGCAUCCAAGCUUGCAGGUAAUACACCUGGACUCAGUCCUGGCCCUGGCCCUGGCCCUGGCCCAGGCCCAGGCAACCUAGCCCUUCCCCUAGCUAAUGGUCUGACUCAGGUCCCAGGCCCAGUGACAGCCCUACCCCCACCACCAGCCUCUGCUCCAACCUCAGCUCAGACAACCAUACCCGUCCGCUACAACCGUAGGAACAACCCAGACUUGGAGAAAAGACGGAUCCAUCACUGUGACUAUCCAGGUUGUAAGAAGGUCUAUACCAAGUCAUCCCAUCUGAAAGCCCACCUCAGGACUCACACGGGUGAGAAGCCCUACAGGUGUACAUGGGAUGGCUGUGACUGGCGUUUUGCCCGAUCGGAUGAGCUGACACGCCACUACCGGAAGCACACAGGCGCCAAACCAUUCCAGUGUGCCGUCUGCUCACGCUCCUUCUCCCGAUCCGACCACCUCGCCCUGCACAUGAAGAGACAUCAGAACUAA